AUGGGUCGCCGCUUCACGGGGGCACGAGCACACGGAGACGGGUUGCGGGGCCUCGGCCCGAGGUUGCAGGCGGUGUUGGGCGGAUCGCUGCGUCGGGCGCUCGGAUCACGAGCUUCGGCCGGCGGGGCGCCGGGGACGGCGGGAGGCCUCGGUGGCUGCGAUGAGGCUCGGCACCGGCGAAAGGGAAGCGUCGAGCCGGGUCCGGGACUUCGUCGUCGGGGACCUCGGAUUUGCAAGCGGAGGGACUCGGGUCUGGAUCUCGACUCGGCCGCGACUGGGUCACCGGUGGCUUGGGAUCGACGGCGAGGUGGUGCGGGCCGCGGGAGACGCCGGGGCGGAGGUGCGAGGCUCGGGCCGAGGCGGAUCACCGGCAAAGUGGACACACGGGCAGCGAGCGGGGGGAGUCACUCGGGGGAAGACUCGGAUCGACACGGCGGCGGCGGCGUCGGGGGCGGAGCAGGGUGGGGCCGGGCUGAAGCGUCGCGGGCCGAGGGUGAACAGCAACGCCGGGGUGGAAAGGAGUGCGAUCGGCUCGGGUCUAGCUCGGCGGAGGCCAACGGGCCGAGCUGCAAGUCCUGGGCGAGGCGGAUGCGCGAGCGUCGGGGCUCGUGGACGGAGACCGGCGGCUACGUCGGCGCGGGAAGGCGGCUCGGGGCCAGAGCACGGCUCGGGCCUACUCGCGGAGGGUGGAGUGUCGUCGGGCAGCAGGAGCGGAGCAGAACAGAGGGGCUCAGGCAGCGGUCCGUCGGGAUCGUGAGAUCUGGAGAGUGGACCACGGGCAGAGGAAUCCGGAGCUGGAUCGGGCUCGGACGGAGGAGCAACAACGUUGGUGUAGGGACGCGGCGAUGGCUGGCGAGCGCACCAAGGGCAGAGAUGGGUCGCCGCUUCACAGGGGCACGAGCACACGGAGACGGGUUGCAGGGCCUCGGCUCCGAGUCACAGCAGGCGGUGUUGGGCGGAUCGAUUACCAGCGUUGAUCGCACGGUGAGACGGAGGAGCUCUGGGCAGUCGCGGAUGGAACAAAGCAACGUGGGCGCGAGAUUGGGGAGACCAUGA